UUUAUUUUUAUUAAAUUAAUUUAUACUAUUAUUGUAUUAUUUUAUAUUUUAUAAAUAUUUUAAUUUUUAAACUCCUUUUGGAAUUUCUUAACCACAUCAGAUUUCAUACAUUAAUUAAUAAUAAUAAAUGGCGACAACUGUAAAAAGCGAGAAGCGUAAAUUUACGCGUUGGGGGAGGAUUGAUGACGGAAAAUCAUUGAUUAUUCACAAUUCUACCAAAUCAUUCUUAAAUGAGUUGAAAAUGCUAUCGAAUAGAGCUUAUAACGUAUCUGAUGAGGAACUUGGCUGUCGCUGGGGCCCAGAGGAGGAUAAGCCCUUCCUUCCGCCUCCUUACGUUGACCUCCCACCUGGUCUAACUCCUGCCCAAAUUGACCAGUUCCUCCGCGAGCAGCGUCACGAUGAACUUGCUCGCAAGAUUACUUCCGGCGAACUUGAGUUCGUAGACGCUGAAAUUAGGCCUCCGUCCCCUCCUCCUGUCUACGACAAGAACGGCAGUAGAGUUAACACUCGUGACGUUAGGGUAAAGAAUUCAAUGAAUGAGGAGUACAACAGGCUGGUAGAGUUCCUGCUGAAGAAUCUACCAGGAUUUGUAGCCUCAGCUGACUACAAACCACUCAAAAAAGUCAGGAAAAUCAUCAUUCCACUCGACAAAUACCCUGAAUAUAACUUUAUGGGAUUGGUCAUUGGACCUCGAGGCUGUAAUCACAAGCGUUUGGAGGCAGAGAGUGGCGCUCAGAUAAGUUUGAGGGGUCGUGGUACGGUUAAGGACGGGAAGAACAGAGACCACCAGACUGACGAGGACGCAGCAAUGCCUAUGCAUGUUCACAUCACUGCAGAUCGUGAAGAAUGCGUGCAAAAGGCUGUUGAGCUUAUCGAGCCUCUUCUCGACCCCUUCCACCCGAAACAUGAAGAGUUUAAGCGUCUUGGCCUCGAACAAUUAGCUUUAGUUAAUGGGGUGGCUCUUGGCAUUGUUGAUAUCGCAAGGUGCAGUAUCUGUGGCGCUUCAGGCCAUAGAGCCUAUGAAUGCCAGGAUAUGCCAGCAUCUUCAGUUCCAAGAGCUGAAAUUAAAUGUGCAUUAUGUGGUGAUAUGGGACAUAUAACUAGUGAUUGUAAAUUGGCAAAAGGCAUUAACGUUUCACAUUUAGUACUACAACAAUAUCAAGAUACCAAUAACAUACAACCUGAGGUAAAAUCGGUGGUAGGGGUUCCAGCUGAUCCAGAAAGCGCUCAGAGAUACCAACAGUACCAAAUGGCCUACUAUCAACAACAGUAUCAAACGUUACAGUACCAACAGUACUAUAACCAAAUGCAACAAUACUAUGCAAAUCCUCAAACACAACAAAAUCAAACAUACGUUCAGCCAAAUCCGUAUAUACAACCAAACACCUAUCAAUAUAUGCAAUAUGUUCAGCCAGUACAACCUGUAGAAUUAACACAAACACAGCCACCAAUGCCUGAUAACAUGCAACCUCCAUUGCCUGAUCAGACUCAACCACCACUACCAGAUCAAGCACAGCCUCCAAUGCCAGACCAAAUACAACCACCUUUACCACAAGAAGAUGGUAUAGCACCACCUUCCUAAUUUUAUACACUAUUU